GGGCGGCGCCAAAGGCUGCACUCAAAUGGGCUGCUGCUCAAACUUUUUCAUGCUCGCGCAUUGCAGGGGUCCUCAGGCCGUCUGGAGGAGUCUCUGCGACGGUUUUUGUAGACGCGUGCGCAGCAAAGUUUCGCUAGCGGCCUGUACUUCAGGUAAGACACUAGAAGCACCUUCGCGGCCAUUCAGCCUUUGCGGCGCUGCCUUGUGGUUCCUGGUUGCUCGCAGCAAUCAAUUUACCGUCGCGUAAGCUCCUUUUGUAGCUAAGAAGGCUUCGUCGCCGCGAAACUGCAGCGGAACGAGUCAAACCUUGUGCUUAAGUAAAGAAGACCCCUGACCAUGGCAUCACUGCUCCGCGCCGCGCGCACGACGGCGCUGCGAGCGCGCCCCGGCACGGCCGCGCGCCGCUUCGCCUCGGUCGACGUCACGAUCAGAGAAGCGCUGAACAUGGCCAUGGACGAAGAAAUGGAGGCCGACGACGCCGUGUUUGUGAUGGGCGAAGAAGUGGCCCAGUACCAGGGCGCCUACAAGGUCACGAAGGGUUUGUUUCAGAAAUACGGGGAGCGCAGAGUUAUUGAUACCCCAAUCACGGAGAUGGGCUUCGCGGGCAUCUGCACGGGCGCGGCCUACAAGGACCUCAAGCCGGUCUGCGAGUUCAUGACGUUCAAUUUCGCGAUGCAGGCGAUCGACCAGAUCGUCAACUCCGCGGCGAAGCAGGCCUACAUGAGCAACGGCGACAUGAACGUGCCGAUCGUCUUCCGGGGCCCGAACGGCGCGGCGGCGGGCGUCGCGGCGCAGCACUCGCAGUGCUUCGCGAGUUGGUUCAGCCAGUGCCCCGGGUUGAAGGUGGUGGCGCCCUACAACGCCGAGGACGCCAAGGGGUUGCUCAAGGCCGCGAUCCGGGACCCGAAUCCGGUCGUGUUUCUGGAGAACGAGUUAUUGUAUGGCACGUCCUUCCCCCUGUCGGACGAGGCUCAAUCCAAAGAUUUCGUGUUGCCGUUAGGUAAGGCGCACAUCGAAAGGGAAGGUACUGAUGUUACAUUAGUAACGUUCAGCAAGAUGGUCGGCUACUGUUUGGAUGCGGCUGAAGAAUUAGCAGCGCAAGGGAUCAGCGCGGAGGUGCUCAAUUUAAGAAGCUUGAGACCGUUGGACCGGGACGCCAUCAUCAACUCCGUCAAGAAGACGAAUCGCCUCGUGGCCGUCGAGGAGGGCUGGCCGCAGUGCGGCAUCGCGGCGGAGAUCUGCGCGGUCGUCAUGGAGUCGGACGCCUUCGACUACCUCGACGCGCCGGUGGAGCGCGUGACGGGCGCCGACGUGCCGAUGGCCUACGCCAUUCCCCUCGAAAAGAUGUCUUUACCGCAAGUCGAGGACAUUGUCGCCGCGGUUUCUCGUACGACGGAGCGGAAGAUGUACGGCGUGGCCUAGAUAUUUCGUUUCCCCCGGCCCCCGUCUAAGUGCAUACUAUAUCGUG